UCUCUCUCUCUAUCUCUCUCUAUCUCUCUCUCUCCCAGAGAGGAGAAUCUAUGUUGGGAGGAAAGUAAGAAGGUUAUGAGGAUCAAUCGAAAUCCAUUGGGAAAGAUCGUGAACAAAGAAUCUAUUAAGGAGAGAAAAUGCAACUGGGAAAAAGGAGAUUUGUGAACUAGUGUCCAUUGGGGAAAAGAGAAAAUAUCGAAGAAGAGCGAAACGUUGAUUAAUUUUAAUAAAGGAGGGGAAAAAUUGUGAGCAAGGUACCGUUUUUGAAAACGGUAAUUCAAGAACGGUAAAAAAAAAGAAGGAUUAGGGCUUGGAUCUGUCCAGGAGGAAAUUAGAAAUUGAACAUUGAGGCCGAUACGCGAAGGUGGAAGAGAUACUGCUGGCAUUUUCCUCGAGAAGAAACGGCGUCGUUUUCGUUGGUGAACAAGAAAUGGCGUCGGCGGCAGCGGAGUUGGUGGUGGAGAGAGAAUUGGAAUCGAGAAUCGAGAUGGCGGACACGAAUCGAACGUUCGUGGGCGCCCAAGGGCUGGUCAAGAUGGCGCUGGACCAGUACACGGAAAUCCUCACCACGGUUUCCGAUCCACGGGUGAGUGACUGGCCCCUGAUGGACUCGCCGAUACCAACGUUUCUCAUCGUCCUUCUCUAUUUGUAUGGAGUGACGAUACUGGGUCCACGUGCGAUGGCCAAUAGGAAACCGUUCAAGCUGAGGGGGACCUUGGUCGCGUACAACGCGUUCCAAGUGAUCUUCUCGUUGGGAAUGCUCUACGAGCACUUGAUGUCCGGUUGGUUGUUAGACUACAGUUAUAAGUGUCAACCGGUCGAUUACUCCCAUAAUCCGUCCGCGCUACGAAUGGCUAAUUUAUGUUGGUGGUACUUCAUCAGCAAAUUCACGGAAUUCGCUGACACGAUAUUUUUCGUUUUGCGCAAGAAGGAGAGUCAGGUGACAUUUUUGCAUCUGUAUCACCACUCAUUGACUCCUCUGGAGACAUGGAUCUGUGUGAAAUUCAUUCCUGGGGGACAUGGUACUUUGGGAAACCUUAUAAAUAACGCGGUGCAUGUAAUAAUGUACCUCUACUACAUGGUAUCCGCUAUGGGACCGGAAUAUCAAAAAUACUUAUGGUGGAAGAAACAUCUCACCACCGUACAAUUGGUACAAUUCUUUUUGGUAUUCGUACACAGCGCCCAAGCCUUGAUAUUCGAUUGCGGCUAUCCAAAACUAGUAGCAGCACUUUUACUGCUUCAUUCAACGAUCUUCUUCGUCCUCUUCUCAGAUUUCUAUCGACGAGCGUAUAAUAACGACAGAACGAUGAAGGAACUGAAGAACGAUUAAACACGAUGGACAUUAUUAUCCUAAAAUUUACCUCCGAUACGUUCCAACACAUCGAUCUUUUGGUCGCACAUAUAUGUUCGAUUAUCACGAAUCGAUUAU